GGAAACUUCCACUUUGUACAGAGGCCCCACGGCAGGGGCAGAUGAGCUAGCCUCGACGUGCACCCAGAUCCUCACAGCCCCUAUCACCCCUGCCUCCUACUUCCACCUUCAGGGGUCUCUUCGGCAGCCCUAGCUGCCUCUCCUUUCCACUCACUCCGCUUUGGCGUCCUCCGCCGAGCGCCCCUGGGUGCGGGAAUCCGGCCCCGCCUUACUGACCCCCCAGCUCAGUGGGCAGGGCUCAACCGACUGCAUAUAAAGCCGCAGGUGCUCUGCGAACCACUUACACAGUGCCCUGGCUGCAGCCCCUUAACAUCCUCUGUCCCGGCCCUGGGCAGGUCGCCCGGGUAACCUGCGGCUCAGCCAAUCAGCGCCUGGUACUACGCCUCACGCCUUCUCUUUCUCUUCUCCCCUCACGCCGCUGGACCCAUGGCAGCGAGAAAAGCCCUGAUUGUACUGGCACACUCAGAAAAAACGUCAUUCAACUAUGCCAUGAAGGAGGCCGCUGUAGAGUCUCUGAAGAAUAAAGGGUGGGAAGUGAUGGAGUCUGACCUGUACGCCAUGAACUUCAACCCAAUCAUUUCCAGAAAGGACAUCACAGGUAAACUGAAGGAUCCUGAGAACUUUCAGCUUGCUCCCGAGACUGCUUUAGCCUACAAAGAGGGCCGCUUGAGCCCAGAUAUCGUGGCUGAACAGAAGAAGCUGGAAGCUGCGGACCUUGUGAUAUUUCAGUUCCCAUUGCAGUGGUUUGGAGUGCCCGCCAUUCUGAAAGGCUGGUUUGAGCGUGUGCUCAUACCAGAGUUCGCCUACACAUAUGCUACCAUGUAUGACAACGGGCCUUUUCAGAAUAAGAAGACCUUGCUUUCCAUCACCACAGGGGGCAGCGGUUCCAUGUACUCUCUCCAGGGCGUUCACGGGGACAUGAACAUUAUUCUUUGGCCAAUUCAGAGUGGCAUUCUGCAUUUCUGUGGCUUCCAAGUCUUAGAACCUCAACUGGCAUACAGCAUCGGACACACGCCACUGGAAGACCGAACUCGGAUCCUGGAAGGAUGGAAGAAACGCCUGGACACUAUUUGGGACGAGACACCACUGUAUUUUGCUCCAAGCAACCUCUUUGACCUAAACUUCCAGGCAGGAUUCUUACUGAAAAAAGAGGUUCAGGAAGAGCAGAAAAACAACAAAUUUGGCCUUACUGUGGGCCAUCACCUGGGCAAGUGCAUCCCAACUGACAACCAGGUCAAAGCGAGAAAAUAAGAAUUUUUUUGUAAUAUAUAGUCAAACCCGGUAUCUUUUUUCAGUUGGCCUGACUUGUUUUAGUUUUUAAACUUUAGGUUUUCCCUUUGUUCCUUAAGGAUAGGAAAAGAAGCAGGCUCUCUUCAUACUUUUUCACAUAGUUCUGUCAUCAAAUGUAACUGAUUCUUACCAACCAAUAUUAUAGUAUAUAACAAAACAGGGUUAGAAGCCAGAAGCCUCUUGGGAUAGGAAGCAGUGAGAGGUGCAGAAGUCCGCCAGAAAAUGCUCCUGAAUGUCAUCUACACAAUUCCACUCCUUUCCUGAGGGCUGACUUGAGCUAGAUAGCAUCCAAUGAUCCAACUCUCCAAUAAUCCAUUUCUUUUAAUUACCUCCCCAUGGUUUACAGCUGGAGGGAAUUGCUCAGAAAAAAUAAUGACCAGGACUGUCAGCCUAAGGGACUUGGCUCCUUAGUAGCUAGCAAGCUAAUCUUGUUUAUGAUAUAUAUUGGUUUCAAUUACUAUGCAAUGACUAAUAUGCCUCACAGGAGUAUUUCACUCGGGCUUCUCUCUUUUGUGUACAGCACACAUGUACAUACCUUGAAAUGAAUACUUAGUAAAAGUCUCUGUCUCUUUCUUCCAAUUAUAUGUUUGCAGAAAUAAACCUACCGUUUAUUGGCUGUACUUAGUGAA